AUGGCCAUUGCCCUAAAAGCAACUUUCCCCGUCCAACUGAAAAAGAAACCUGAAAACCAUUUAUUUAUUCGCCUGAAUGCUCAAAGAGUCGUUGUUUCGAGGAAAACAUUGAAGACUCCAAUGGCCACUCUCAGCACUGUCUGCACUGUGGGUCUCUCCGAAACUUUUGCAAGAUUGAGACAAGAAGGCAAAGUGGCACUUAUCCCAUACAUUACGGCUGGUGAUCCUGACCUUUCAACCACAGCGGAAGCACUAAAGAUGCUCGACUCAUGUGGCUCGGACAUAAUAGAAUUGGGUGUACCAUAUUCUGAUCCUUUGGCUGAUGGUCCAAUAAUCCAGGCUGCUGCUACUCGUUCGUUGGCUAGAGGGACCAAUUUUGAUAAAAUUCUCUUAAUGUUGAGAGAGGUUGUACCUCAAUUAUCUUGUCCACUCGCGUUAUUUUCAUAUUAUAACCCAAUACUUAAGCGUGGGAUUGAAAAGUUUAUGACUACUGCGAAGGAUGCUGGUAUAACUGGACUAGUGGUCCCAGAUGUCCCUCUGGAGGAGACUGAGAUUCUAAGAAAGGAAGCUGUUAAGAACAAGAUUGAACUGGUACUGCUGACAACACCAACUACUCCAAUAGAUCGAAUGAAAGCCAUUGUUGAAGCUUCAGAAGGAUUUGUCUACCUUGUGAGCUCUGUUGGAGUUACUGGUGCUCGUGCAUCUGUAAGUGCGAAGGUUCAAACUCUUUUACAAGAAAUCAAAGAGGCAACAAGCAAACCAGUGGCUGUUGGCUUUGGCAUAUCAAAACCUGAGCAUGUGAAGCAGGUUGCAGGAUGGGGAGCGGAUGGAGUGAUUGUUGGUAGUGCCAUGGUGAAAUUACUGGGUGAAGCAAAAUCCCCUCAAGAGGGGUUAAAAGAAUUAGAAUCCUUCACCAAGUCCUUAAAAGCUGCCCUGGAUUGA